AACAAUUAAAAAAUGUCGGAAUCGUGUCAAGACGGUAAUUGUCAUGGAAAUAAUGAAUUUGGACCUGAUGAAUCACCAACGAAGCUUAUUGUUAAUUAUAUUCCUGAAGUCAUGACGCAGGAUAUGAUGUUCUCGCUGUUUUCUACUAUGGGCAAAUUAGAAAGUUGUAAAUUGAUAGCCAACAGAGGGUAUGGUUUCGUCGAGUACUCUCGCCCAGAGGAUGCAGUUAAAGCACGCAAGGCCUUCAAUGGUCUGCUAAUGCAGAACAAGACGUUAAAAGUCUCACACGCCUUACUCAACCCUGAAUUGAAGCCACCCUCCAAACCGGAAGCAGACUGGAAUCUCUACGUUUGUAACCUGCCUAACGAACUGACCUUGCAAGAUUUACAUGGACUUUUCGCACAAUUUGGUAAAAUAGUUAAUUCUCGUAUUGCUUCAGGCAUAGCUUUUGUUUUAUAUGAGCAUCAAUACGAAGCGGAGAGAGCCAUUCAUAAUAUUAAUGGUACUACACCCCCGGGUUUUUUACACCCAUUAACUGUUAAGUAUGCUAAUAAAAGUAAUCCUAACAAACACAAAAACAAUAAUAAUAAUUUUUCAAAGAAUUCGCUUAUAAAACCCUAUCACUGGAUUAAUCAUGUAAGUGGUAUGGGAGAUCAUAAUUCUCCUAGCACAUGGUCUAUAUACAUUUAUAAUAUUGCUCCGGAGGUAGAAGAACUGACUUUGUGGCAAUUAUUCGGUCCAUAUGGUGCUAUUGUAUCAGUUAAGAUUAUAAGAGACCAUCAGUCUAAUAAGAGUAAGGGUUUCGGAUUUGUGACUAUGAGAAAUUAUGACCAGGCGGCGAUGGCAAUACAAGCAUUAAAUGGUUAUGUACUUCACGGCCAGCCUCUAUCUGUAAGUUUCAAAACACAGAAGAGAUAAUGGUGUAAGCUGCUUUUAUCUUUACUACAAUAUCAGUACAGUAACGAAUAGACAAAAUGAUUCCUUUUUCAUUGGUACACAUCAAUUAACACAAUGUAAGAAAAUAGUGCUGAGACGUAAUCCCAUUUACAAGAUUAUAUUAAGUGCAGUCUGUCAACUCUUGUUAAAAAUAUUAUAUUACUUUGAGCUGUCAAUAUUGUUAAGUUUGUUUCUUAUUAUGAAUAAUAAUUUAUUCAGUUUGCUCGUUAAAUGUUUCAAGUUUACUAGAAGUUUAAGAUUUGUAUUGAAUAUGAUUGUUGUUUGAAAGUUCAACAUCAGUUGUGAGCUAAGUGCUUUGAUUAUUAUUUUAUCUAUUAUUUAAGUAUAAUAUACCAUUUUAAAAUGUGCUUUUACAAGAUCUUACUAAUAUAAGCCACAUUGAGAUGUUUAAUCA